UACAGUGUACUCAAUGUUUCUAAAGUUUGUGUAAAAAUUGAAUAAAUGUCUCUCACUCCAAGUGAAGUUUCCAAAAUUAUAGAAAAAUCAACUGCAACAUCUAAUCCUCAAGAGCUGCCACUGAAAGGUCUGCACUUCGGAAAGUUAUGGUACAAGGCGGGGGACUACAACAGUGCCGCCCAGUGGAUAGUAAAGUACCUGAAAACAUUUGACCGAGAUACAAGUGCACACAAACUGCUAGGGGAUUGUUAUGAGAAGUUGUCCGAAAUUGAAGCUGCAUUAUCAUGCUUUAAACGCUCACUGCAAAUAAAGCCCAAUCAACCUGAGCUUCUUCUCCAUAUUGUAGAGCUGUACUUGAAUCCAGGCCCUGCUCAAAAUCCAAACAAAGCCCAGAUUUGGUUGGAUAAAGCAGCUGCUUCAUUGCCUGGCAAUGCAACAGUGUUCAAGAUGAAGAUGGAGCUUAUGCUAGCACAACAAGCAUCACCAUCUGUAUUGGAAAAAGCAAUCCUUCAAGAGUUAAAAAGAAGAUCAAAUGACCCUGCACUUCAUGUGCAGUAUGUUAGCUUUAUGAGGACCCAAGAUCGGCUGGAAGAUGCUUAUGCAUAUUGUGUAAAGAUUGAGAAUAUAUUGGAUUCUGCGUCGAUAAGAUCUGACUAUAAAUGGUCAUCAUGUGUUGUCAGUACAUACAAGGAACACACAGAAAAGUUACAAAAUAAUCAACAGCAUUCCCAUCAUAUUGCUCAACUGAUGCUCCUGGAAGCUCUUUCCCGGUUCAUAUGGGUUUGCUUAGAGGAUAACAAACAACAGAAGGCACUGGAAAAACUGCAAAUGAUGGACGAAUGCUUGUCAUCAGUUUUAUCCAACAAAGCAAUUGGAGAUUGGAAAGUAUUAGCUGCUGAGAUGGAAGCUCAGUUAUGUUGGCUGGCUGCAACUUUUCUCAUUCAACAAGCUGCAAAGAAUGAAAAGCCAUGGGGUGAAGCUAGUGACUUGGCAGCAGUGCUUUUCUCUUCGAGUGUUUCAAAGUCGAUACCAAGUAGCUCAUGCGCGUGGUCGAUGCACUGCCUUAACCAUCAACCAUAUCUACCAAGUCGUGUGCAGAGAAACGCAGCCCAGCGACUCAGUCAAUCCAGUCAUAUGAUGUGGAUAUUGUCAGCACAAGGAGAAGAAGGAUGGAUUGCAAAGCUAAGAGAAAACCUGGACCAAUCGACCGUUGGUUUAGCAGUAUUCCAAUCCCUUUUCCACAACACUAAUUCAUCAUCAUCAUAUUUAUGCAACACAACAUCACUUGCAUCAGUCGCUUGCUUCAUUCCAACUGUAGAUGAGAUGAUGGCUUAUGAUAAUGUUGCUUCCGCAUCUUGCAAGCUUGACAUGCUUAUAUGGCUUGGUAUAAGGUGGAUGAAAAUGGACAUGACUGUUGAUUUUCUUCACUGGGUUAAAUCCAGCUUUCCUAAUCUACAGAUGGUCACCAGUAACAGCAGUGCAGGUGCUUCUCUGUGGUCAUUAAGUCUGCUUGACAUUGAGGCUUUCAUUGCUGCGUGCGUCUACACAACCGAAAAGAAAGCGCAACACUGGGAAAGUGCGGCAACACUGAACCACCGUCAACUGUCAAGCACAACGUUACCACUCCCACUCUGUCGCAAGCUCACUACUGAUCUACAGAAUAAAUGGUGGAGUGCAGCUGUGAAACUUUCCAACAAGAAAAAUGUUACUGCUGAAGAAGCAGGGAAGUUGAAACCGAUUCUCCAGCGAGGUCUAGAAUGUUUGCGAGGUGUGGGCAACCAUGGUUUGGAAGUUGUACUUAUCACCAAGCUUGCAAAGUACUUUGCAUCAAAGUCAUACGUUCUUCAACAAGAAACUGGAACUUCCACUUCCUGGUUCCUCUACCAGCGCCGUGCUGCCCUCUACUGGUCACUUGCUCUUCCGGACCUCAUGAAGUCCUCGGAUGGGAGAGUAGUUCAUCAGAGCAAAGCAAAAGAAAGAUUGUUUUCUUCUAUUUUCAAUGAGCUGAAUUCUGAAAAGGCUUCUAGUCUAUUAUCUGAAGCAUACAUGUGCCAUGGUGAGCUUGCUGCACAGGAGAACAGAUUCGACGAAGCUUUAUCUUUUUACAGCAAAGCAACAAUACCCCAGGCUUCCUUCUGUCAGGCCCACUUGUACAGACAAAUGGCUGAGAAUGUUCAUUUAAAAACUCCCAACCUUCCUUUGUUUGAUCUUGAUCAGAAAAAAGAAGCUCUGAUGAGAAAGUAUCGUCGCUGCCUCGAGAUCACAUUAACUCGUCUCCAGCAACAUCCGGAUGACAAUCUUCACGAGCGAACUGUUCGUCUUAUCACAAGUCCUCGUCAUAGUCCAUUGCGCAACCAACCUGUUACCAACACAACAGCGAAUAAAUCUGGCAACGAUUCUAUUCUGGCCGUUCCAAGCAAGCAGUCAACUCCAAAGAUGAAUGAAACAUCGCAUACCAUUCUAUCAGGGAUUGAGGAAAGAGAUACCAAUGUACUUGUGGAUACCAUCAGCUCACUCACAUCUGCUUUGUCCAACUUGCAAAUGGAGAUGGGUUUUAUAAGAGAGGAACAGAAAAGGAACAUGACGAGUUAUUACAGUCCAAGCGCUGUCCAUCCAACUGCCACUAACAUACCAGGAUAUCAGCAUAUGAUGAUGAGUCCAAAUUUCAUUAGCCAGCAGCAUGAUCGCAUGCAUGCACAAAAUCAGUUCACACCCCAGCGCCCGUUUACCCCUGUACACCCUGGGUAUUACCCUGGGAGAGGGGUCACGACACCAGUACCUGGGCGACCACUGCCAGGCCAGAUGCCCAGCAUUGACCCUUACCAACAGCAACAACAACCUGCCUACUACAGCCCUACCAUCAACCCCUAUGCAUCUUCAUACCAACCAGACCUUAACAAAUACACCAUGCCCACUUACCACCAGCCACAAGCUCCCAUACUACCAGCUUAUCAAAACCAAACCUUUACCCCAGAACCAAUGCCGGCCACUUAUAAAACUAACCAACCACCACAACCCAAUCUUUUGACCCAACGUUUACAAAACAAAGAUGCCGAAAUAUUACAACAAAAGUUAAGUCAGUCGCUGUCUGGCUCUCCAGCGCCCCCUAAUGCGAGUAUGGGACUGCCAUUAUCUUCCAUUCCUCCAAAAAAUCUCUUCACGCCAACAUCCAUUCCAUUUGUGCCUCCUGUAACUGAGACGCCCAAACCAGUCUUUGCUAAGCAGGUUGAACCUUCAGUUGCUCCCAUGUCACUUGUGCAAAAACUUUUGUUAGAGGACAAACAUAGUUCGCGAGCCAUAUCUGCUGCUGAUGUAACUCCAACCAAAGAUUUCCAAUUCCUUGGAAACUUUGUCAACUUAAAGCAAGGUGAAACAAUGAAGUUCCAAUCUCCGGAGCAAAUGGAUCGAGAAAAUCAAGAACUGGAUGCGCAGGAGCACGCUGAUGCGGAGGACUCAAGCAACAAUGACACAGGACCUCACUUUGAUCCCAUCGUGGCUCUUCCGGACUUAGUGGAGGUGAGCACGGGAGAAGAGAAUGAGGAUGUUCUCUUCCAGGAGCGAUGCAAGCUCUUCAGAUGGGAUCGCAGUGAGUGGAAAGAGAGAGGAAUCGGAAACAUGAAAGUGCUCAAACAUAAAGUGAAUGCCAAAGUUCGGCUCGUAAUGAGAAGGGAACAGGUGCACAAAGUCUGCUGCAACCAGUAUGUAUCGUCAAGCACCUCACUAUCACAGAUGGCAAACUCCGACAAAGCCAUGAUAUGGUUUGCUCUCGAUUUUGCUGAAGAUGAACCUCGUGAAGAGAAACUUGCUGCCAAAUUCAAAACGCACGAAAUCGCUGUAAAUUUCCGUGACACAGUCAACCAAGAAGCUGCAAAAGUUGGAAAGGGAAAAACUCAAAAGUCAGCUCCAUCUGCUGAACCAAGUCAGCCAAAUAGUAACAAACCAGACAAAGAAAAAUCCACAUCUGCUUUAACAACAACAACAACAUUGGCGGCAGCAGCUUCCAGUUUUAAAUUCAAAAUGCCGACAAAUGUAACUGCAACUGACAGUCAACCUGAACCAGAAAUUUCCAAACCCUCCAUAUUUGGAAAUCUGGCUGGAGCAAUUCAAACUGGUUUUGGUGGAACUGGUUCAGAAGGUGGUAUCCGACCUGGUGCGUUUAAAUUUAGUUUUGGUUCGCCGAAACCGAAAGCUACAACACCAGUGCCAGCAGAAGAUAAAGACGAGGGGAAGAAAGAUGAAGACGCAAGGUCUCCCUCUUCUAAUCUGGACACAAGUGAAGGACCUCAUAUUGAUCCCAUUGUUGAUCUUCCUAAUCUAGUGGAUGUUGGAACAGGAGAAGAGAAUGAAGAGGCAAUAUUCUGCAGCAGAGCAAAAUUAUACCGAUAUAUAGAUGCACAAUGGAAAGAAAGAGGUCUCGGAGAAAUGAAAAUUCUUCGUCAUAAAAAUAGCAACAAAUACAGGGUUGUUAUGAGAAGGGAGCAAGUUUUAAAAAUAUGUGCAAAUCACUGUAUUGCCCCUGCCAUGCAACUGAAGUCAUACGGUGACACAGGAAAAGCGUGGACGUGGUCGGCAAUGGACUUUUCCGACCCAGAGCUCGACCCUCAGCAUGAGGUGUUUGCUGUGCGCUUUAAAACCGUUGAACUUGCAAACGAAUUUAAGGAAAAUUUUGAAAAAGCCUUUUCCGUUAGAACUACUGAUAAAGGAUCCUCCCUCCCUCCUCCCACCACUCCAUCCUCCGCAUCUGUUGCGUUCCUCCGAAAGGAUCAGCAGGAGCAAAAACUGCAAGAGCAAAAACUCGAGGAGCAAAAACUCGAGGAGCAAAAACUCGAGGAGCAAAAACUCGAGGAGCAAAAACUCCAGGAGCAAAAGUCCUCCGGAUCUUUCAAGAUCACUAAAGAAGCGGGGUCAUGGAAUUGCAACGACUGUUAUGCGGGCAACAGCGCUAAACAUGCAACAUGUCCUUGUUGUGGAUCAGCCAAUCCAAACCAACCGGCCCCAGCCCCAGUUACAGGUGCUAAUACAAAUGCAGCCAGCAAUGCUUCUGCUUUCAAGUUUGGUGUCCCAACUUCUACAACUGCACCUAAGUUUAAAUUUGGAGAGCAGGCUUCUAGCAGUCCUAGACCAGCCAGUACUUGCUUGGAAAACAUUUUACUUGGUAAAAAUGUCAGUACCACCACCAAUGCACAAACAACAACCGAUCAAAAGUUUUCGUUUAAAUUUGGUGGCGAUUUAUCAAAACCAGCUGCAAGUUCCAAGUUUCAGUUUGGUUCACCGCAACCUACAGACAACAAGGAACCAGUAAAAGAACACACAGCUCUACAACGAACAGGACAAACUCCAACGAAUUCAAGUUUCUCAUUCAAGUUGGCUAACAGCAACAAUUCAACAGGUGAUGGUAAACCAUUCAGUUUUGGUUCCCAAACCACUGCAGCAACCGGUUUAUUCUCUGCACCAUCUUUUGGUGCGCCACCACCCAACACCACCACCACAACCAACCAAACUUCACAACCGAAAUUUCCAACCAUGGAUAGCGAGAAUGAGGAGGAAAAUGGAGACGAGAGUAGUCAGGAUGAAGAAAAUGAUGACGAUUACUCCACGGAGGAGUCUGAGGGAAGUUACGAAGAUGAGGAGGAAGAAGAUUUUGUUCAAAAUCAUCAAUCUCCAAUGAGCAAGUUUACGGCUCCAAAAACUGAGGGUAUAACAGUCGGGAAUAAACAGUCGGAAAAAGAUGCAGAACAAGAUGAAGAUGAUGUGAUCUGUGUUGGUGAGGUCCUCCCAUCCCAGGAGCUACAGGAGAAAGCGAAGAGCCUCCAACUUCAUCCUUCAUUUUAUAAUUAUCUUAAAGAUGGGGAAGAAGCAGACUCUGAAGAGUCAAGUGCCACUGCAUCUGACAAACCUGAAACCGAAAAUCUUGAAAAACCAGCUUUAAAAUCGGAUGCUACUAAACCUGUUGAAGUCAGCACAUCAACAUUUGCGUUCGGUAGCAAUACUGGAGAUGCAGGAAUAAAGUCAUUUGCGGAUCUUGCUGCAAGUUCCAGCUCUGGUUUCAAAUUUGGAGCGACUUUUACACCACCAACUAGUCAACCAGUUUGGAGUUCUGAUGGAAAACCAAUUUUUUCAACAACAAAAAACAACAAUAGUGACUUGUAUCAGGAGGAAGAGGAGAGGGAUAUCCAUGUUGAACCAAUCGCAAAGCUCCCUGACCUGGUUACCGUGGUAACAGGAGAAGAGGGGGAGAGGACAAUUUACUCUCAGCGAUCAAAAUUAUUUCGCUGGGACAAGACUUUAAAGCAAUGGAAAGAAAGAGGUUUAGGAGAUAUUUGCAUCAAGCAUAAUCAAGAAAAUGGAAAAUUCCGAAUUGUCAUGCGACGUGAACAAGUUUUUAAAGUUUGUGCGAACCAUUACAUCACAUCCAAGAUGAAACUUACCCCGAUGCCCGACUCCGACCGUACAUGGACGUGGAUUGCAGCAGAUUUCGCUGACGGCGAAGAAACGGAAAUCGAAAAUUUUGCCAUCAAGUUUAAAACUUGCGAACUCGCCAACUUGUUCAAGGAGAAGUUUGAAGAAUGCCAGGUACUAAUUGACGACACAAACGCGACAACCACAUCUGCUUUUCAAGAAACUACAACAGAUCUCAUCAACCAGGCAGAAAAAAUGAAAUCCGAACUUGAUUUUUUCAAGGAUAAACUUUCUGUGAAGCAGAAAAUUGACCUUGAGAAUACAUUGACUGAAGGUGCUGAGGUAAAAAGUCUUCCCAAACUACCAGACCUUGCUUUAACACCUCUCGUUAAACAACAUCAGAAAGACAAAGAAAGAAUUCAAUCUGAAACAAGUCCUCCAACUGAUGACAAGCAAGCUGACAAAGAAAAUGUUGAAGUGACCAGAGGCAGGACAAGAAACACCUCUAUUAGUCUCAGCAAGUUUGAAUUUAACAUGAAAGUAGACCCUACUAUGCCAGAACAUGGUUCGCACAAAACAAGAAACAUAAGUGUGUGUUCGGCUACAAGCACUGAAGAGGCAGAUAUACAUGUUGAACCAAUUGUUCCAUUACCUGAUAAAGUAGAUGUUCCUACUGGGGAAGAACAAGACCAGGUUUUGUUCGAAAAUCGUGUGAAGUUGUUCGUAUUUCAUCGUGAAUCAAAGCAAUGGAAAGAAAGGGGUUUGGGAAGAGUUCGAAUUCUACAAAACCUAAACAAUUAUAGAAUACGACUUGUUAUGAGAAGGGAACAGGUGUUUAAAGUUUGUUUGAACCACUUUAUCACGGAAGCAAUCCACUUUAAUUUCAAAGAGAAUUCCGAUAAAGUACUUGUGUGGGCAGCAACUGACUUCUCAGACCCCGAUAAACCAAAUGGAGAGAUGCUUCAGUUUGCAAUGAAACUGAAAUCAGCAGAAACUGCAAUCAAUUUCUUGAACACAGUACAAGAUGGAAACGAAGCUUUUUCAGUCAAGAGGUUGCUUGACCCUGUGUCUGUACUUGAGGAUAAAUCAGAGAUAAACACAAGUGUACAAGACGCAUCAAAUGCUUCUCAACAAAGUGAAAACGGGAACACUUCUGUCCACAAAUCCCCAGUAAAAUCCACCAAACCUGCUUUCUCAUUCGCAAAUGUUGCAACACCGUUUGGAAACAAAAACAAACCACUUUUCAGUGACAUUGUGUUCGGCACACCAAAGACACAACCAGCAGCACCAACAACAAAGUUCACAUUUGAUGCAAGCUCAAUAUCUUUUAACUUUGGCAGCACAAGCACACCGGCCACAAGUGCCCCACCGUUCCAAAUUGCCCCUGCUGUGAUGCAAAAGCCAGCGGCUAGCAAAUCCUUAUUUGGUGUUGUGCAACCUUCAACUGGAAACAAUGAUGCCAGUCAACAAAAAGAACAAAACACAAUAAUUGGUCAACACUCCUCAAAAUUUCAGUUUGACAUGGCAACAGCAGAUAAUGAUCAAAAUGGAGUAGACACCAAUGUUGGUGAAAAGGAAACUAAAAAAGUUGAAAAGGAUGCAAAACCAGUAGAACUUGUCGAAACGGACACAAAUGAUGAAAAAGAUUCUGAAAAAGAUGAUGAUGUUAUUUUUGUUUGGGAGGCGGUGCCAACCCAGAGUCAACUAGAACGAUCACGAAAGCUACAACUCCCACCAUGUUUCUUUCUGUAUGAAGAUAACCCAGAUCUAGAAGGUAGUUUGAAAUGUUCGGUUUUAGAAAUAAUAAAAAUAGAAUAG